UACUUCCAUAUGCCUGAUUUGCAGGUUCGCAAUACAUCCAGGGGUUACUGUUCGAAGGCUAAGCAUCCGUUUCCACCUGAGACAGGAGUUUCGUUACAGCCGCUAUUGCCAAUCCUGCUGAAGACCAGAGGAUAGCUAGCCAGAGCGGUUAUCUCAACACUCGCCAGCAGGCGGAGCCCCAAGAAGACGAGCAGGACCACGACGAGAUGGAGCGCCGCUACCUUAAGAAUCCAUUUCCCGAUUUUGCCGGCGGCGAGAACACUCCGUUCGCCAGCGAUGAGGAGCACAUCAAGAAUCUCAUCUGCACCUAUGUAGAUGCCAUCUUGGAGUCGUGCCAUCCCAGCAGCGAGGAGGAGGACCAUCGCGGGGAUCUGUAUGUGGGCAAUGCCGGCAUCGCCUUCAUGUUUUGGAAGCUGGCCAGCUGCGAACAGACCCGAGAUCUCUAUCCGGCAUUGGAGCACGCCACAGCCUUCAUCCGGAAUGCCAAAGCGAAUGCCAAGCGCUACAAGAAACGUUCCGCAGAGCGAUACUCAUUCCUUUGCGGAAAUGCCGGCAUCUACGCCGUAUCGGCGGCCAUCUCACAGGCCAACAAAGACACCGAAGAGCUGUCCAAUGACCUGGCCAACUUCAAGUCGGGCAUCCCGUCCAGCAAGGAGUUCACCCACACCAAAUACGGCUGCGACGAGGUGCUGGUGGGUCGGGCCGGCUACUUGUCCGGCUGCUAUUGGCUGAACGAUAUUCUGCCGGAGAAGAAGAUAACCGACGACGAUCUGAUCUCCAUUUGCCAGAAGAUUGUGACCAGCGGACGGGAGUACAGUCGACAGAAUGGCUCACCGCUGCCAUUGAUGUACCAGUACCAUGGCACCGAGUAUCUGGGCGCGGCCCACGGCCUAUGCGCCAUCCUGCACAUGCUGCUGGACAGCCCAUGGUUCCGUACCAUGCCCAUUUCAGCUCCGGCACCCGAGUUGCGCGACAUUAAGCGAUCGAUUGACUUCUUUCUGGAGCUUCAGGAUAGCGAAGGUAACUUCCCAGUGGCUCUGGAGGAUUUGCGCUCUGGUCGGGACAAGCGUCUGGUGCAUUGGUGUCAUGGAGCUCCCGGGGUUGUGUACGUGCUGGCCAAGGCCUAUCUAAUCUUCAAGGAGGAGAAGUACCUGGCUUCGCUGCGACGCUGCGCCGAUUUGGUGUGGAAGAAGGGCUUCCUGCGCAAGGGACCGGGCAUCUGUCAUGGCGUGGCGGGCAACGGCUAUGUCUUCUUGCUGCUGUUCCGGCUGACCAACGAGAUGAAGUACCUGUAUCGGGCCCACAAGUUCAUGGAGCUGCUGACCAAUGCGGAGUUCAAGUUGCGUGCCCGUACACCCGAUCGCCCCCACAGCCUGUACGAGGGCGUUGCCGGCACCGUUUGCUACCUGGUGGAUCUGCUCGAACCGGAGGAGGCAUACUUCCCCUUCAUGGACGUAUUCCACUAGGUGGCCAAGGUCGGGGCGGAGGAGUAGUCAUUAUGCUCAAUCAGGGAGAGUUAACCCAUCAAUUCUAGUCAUUUGUUUUUCGAUUUUUCAGUUGUAGUUCUCUCAUUGUUGCCUUUGCGUUAAUCCCAGAGGAGUGGGAGUUGCAUACGGAUUGGGAAUUGAAGUGGGCGUUGGAAUCAAAAUCCGGAAUCGAUAUCUGAAUCUGAAUCUGAAGACAAAAACUUGAAGCCUGAAUCGGAACGCUCAUCGCUUGCAGAAAUAUUCUCAGUCAUUCUCAUAUCAAAAUUCUUUGUGCUUUACGCUAAGCAAUUAACUUAAUACAUUGAUACUUAUAUAUACACAGACAUAUGCAUUAUAUUUAUAUACAAUUUAUAUUAUAUAUAUAUACAUAUAUAUAUGUAUAUAUAUACAGAUACUUGCGCUGACAUCUCUAUAUACAGACAAACAUAAAUACUUACAUGCAUAAUGUGCUUUAUACCUACGAGUAAUCCACAAAGAGCUCUAAAUCUAUUGUCAAUGGGAGUGAAGAAUAAAUAAUUGUACUAUAUUUUAUAUAGAUAUAUAUAUAUGUACAAUCCUGUGGCCACAAUCGAUGCACCAACCCCGCUGGUCAUCGAUGCGUUUCAUAUGGAUGAACACCCCAAGAAUAAAACCAAAGUAUUUUCAUUCAA